GGCAAGGGAGGCGGCUGAUUUCUGACAGAGCGAGAGUGAAGCGGGUGGCUUUACUCUUGCAGUUCACUUCGAAAUUAGGAGGGAAAGAAGAGAGAGAGAGAGAGAGAGAGGGCAUGAGAGAGAAUGGGAAUGGCGAACCUGUCGAGCCUCGUCCACGAACUCCGAGAGCGCAUAGCGGCCUCCUCCACUCCUCCUAGCAACCGUUACGACGACGACUUGGUGAUCCGAUUCCGCGCCGUCCUCCCUGACCUCCUCCGUGCCUCCGUCGUUCCAUCUCCCCCAGCGAACGAGCGAGAAGUGAUAGCUGUUUUGAAGCUCAUCGUUAUCACUGCUAGGCAUUUGCCCGGAGUUUUCUAUCAUGGAAAGGCCACCGCAAUUCUUCCUCUGCUCGGUCGCAUCUUGCCUUUCUUCGCAGAGCCCUCGUUCCGUUCUAGGCAUGGAGUAAUAUUUGAGACUGUCGGACCACUUUUAGCGCUACUUCGUACUGGAGAACGGGAUGCCUACCGUCAAUUUUUCAUUGAUUCCAUGCUUGUUGUUCGAGAUAUUUUGUGUGUGGCAUCAGUCUGUGCAGACGCUUCAAAUAUUACGGAUUUGACGAAAUUGACUUUAAGGUGUUUUUGUGAGUCCUUCAAUGGAAUUUUUGAUGACCCUGAUCAUCUUGGGGAUCUUCCGGCAAGUAAUAAACCGGAUGAUGGGAUUGGUGUCUUGAUUAACCUUACGGGCAAAACAAGAUGGCAACCUUUUGCAACCUGGAUGAUAAAGCUUCUUGGUAAAUGCUUAACCGAAGGAACUCUGUAUGUGGAAGGACUCAUUAAUAUGCCUUUUGUUCUGGACGCAUGUUCCCUCUUAUGUUAUGGGGAUGCUGAUUUGCAGAUGGCAUGUUUUGAAUUUGCACGUGUCGUUGGAUCAGGGAUAAAUUAUGACAUCCUUCCUCACCAGAAUAUUAUUCAGUCGAUAUCAACUAUCUUAAGGGAGGACAAAGAGGGGUUUCCUGUGUUCAGAAACAUCGUUUAUGAUUCGUCCUUGGGUGGUUGCCUUGAUGCAUUACACUGUAAUUGCCCUGAAGAUGUUGUUGAGCUAACAGCUGCCGAUUUAGUAGAUGUCUUUUCUCAUUCAAUGGGGAGAACCAAAAGCCAGGAGCUUAAGGUUGCGCUGUGCAAUGCAUACAUACGGAUUGCAAAAAUAUGCUCUCCUAAUAUCUGGAGGCCAGAAUCUCUCCUUUAUGUGCUUUCUUAUCCAGAACCCUGCUUCUCAUUGAUAGAUUGCCUACAAGUAGCUCUCUCUAUACUUGGUCCCAAUCUUGUUGGAUGGAGAAUUACAAACAGUAACUGUCAGAGUUUAUCAUCACUAAGUGACAAAUCAAAUGAAAACUUGAGGGUUGGAGAAAAAAGGCCUAUAGACGAUUUGGACACUUUCAAGAAUAAACGGCAAAGGGUAGAUGAAGAUAUUAUGAGUUUGCAUUCUAAUUUUCAGGGGGAGCACAAGCGUACUCAUACAGUUGCUUGUGAAAGAGAGAAUUAUGCAGAUUAUAUGCAUAAAUCGGUACUUUCUUUUGUUGAAUCUUUAGAACCUCCUGGUGUCCAUCCUGAUUCUUUAAGACCAGAUGCCGCAUUAAGAGCUCUUAGCAUGCUUUGCAUUGCCUUCUGUAGUUAUCCAGAGACCAACCUGUCACUAAGCAUCUUUCGUCAGAUGUACACAUGGAUGCCACGGGUAUUCCAGCAGGCAAAGCAAGGAAUUUCAGUUGCACUUGAUAUUUCCAUCUACCUGGAAGGAAUUAACAGCAUGCUGCUUUUGCAGAGUCCCUUAAUGAUGGAGAGUAUGGGGUUCAAAAAUAAGAAUGUUGCUGUAGACCUUGUAUGCAUCCUAAAGCUUCCGUGGACCUAUCCUCGUGUAGUUCCUGACCCACAUCCUCUGUGGAAACUUAAAUGCAUCUCUGUUCAAGUUGCAUGCAAACUUGGUAAUAUAACAAGUACUGAAACUCAGCUUGAAGUCCUGGAUUUGAGCCUUCAUGAUGAAUUUGAAGAAGUUAUUAUUGAAGCUAUAAUCUCUAUGCCUAUGAUUGUCAUGUGGUCUGGUGUUGGUUGGCUGCCACAUAUAUCAAGAAGGCUUGUUGAGUUCUUGGGGGGAGAGAGAAGUGAGAAGGUUAAGAAUAUUAUUCCCUCUUCUCUUGGUUUUUUGUCAUGCCUGUUUGGUUCUUGUAAUGAUGGAGAUGGUAUGAAUAGAAGUCGGUGCAAAUUAGUUUUAAAUAUGAAUAAUGAGAAAUGUAGCCAAACAGUGGAUUAUCUUCUGCAAGGAUUCUGGUGUUCGGAGUGUGACAAAAGUGUUCAACUCAAUACUGAGUCAUGUUCAAAAGUGAUAUAUCCACCUGAUAUGCACAACAGAGAAGCGAGUUUGGAUUGUGAUUUUGCCCAUCUGCAGUCUCUGUUUCUCAAACUUCUUUAUGAUGAAUCAUCGCAGGAGGUCCAAGUUGCUUGUGUGAAAAAUAUUCGCCGAAUAUUUGUACAUGGGAGCAUAAGGAAUCUGAUUGUGUCUAGAUUUGAAUGGAUUAAAUGUGUGGAAUAUUUACUCCUUAAUGGGAAGAAGGCUGUAAGGGAUGCAUUCUGCACUCAGAUUAGUUCAUUCCUUGAGGAUUCUUUUUUGAGCUGCUUAUUUCCUGUUGAGGACGCAUCGAAUAAAAGUAAAGAACAAGAGUUUUUUAACAUAAUGAAGCAUGCCUUUUCAGAAACUAAAGAUCCCCAAAUCUUUGAGACUCUUUUGGAAUCUACAGCAGAAAUAAUGAUUGCAGUUGACAUUCACAGUCAAUUGUUCUUGUUUUCUGUAUUAUUGUUGGUUGAUCAGCUUGAUAAUCCACACAUGACAGUGAGACUGAUGGCAUCAAAGUUGAUAAAGAAAUCUUGCUACUUUCAUCUUAAAGGAGGAUUUGAACUAAUCCUUUCAAAAGUUGUUCAUGUUCGAAAUGAACUAUUUGAUUAUUUAUCUGUGAGGCUGUCUAGCCGUCCAAUUAUGGUCAAAGAGUUUACAGAAUCCGUUCUUGGUAUUGCAACAGAAGAACUUGUCAAGAAAAUGAUUCCUACUGUUCUUCCGAAACUUGUAGUGUCUCAGCAGGGUGAUGAUCAAGCACUUGAAACAUUAUAUGAACUGGCCAAGUGUUUAAACACUGAUUUGGUGCCUCUUAUAGUUAAUUGGCUACCAAAAGUGCUAGCUUUUGCUCUCCAUCAAGUAGAUGCACGAGAGUUAGUUGUUGCUUUGCAGUUUUACCAUACGCAGACUGGUUCUGACAAACAAGAAAUCUUCGCAGCUGCAUUACCUGCCCUUUUGGACGAACUCAUAUGCUUUUUAGAUGGAGGUGAUUCAGAUGAGAUAAACAGAAGGUUAGCAAGAGUUCCUGAGAUGAUAAAAGAGGUUGCUAGAGUUCUGACUGGUGGUGAAGAUCUUCCAAGCUUUUUGAGGAAUCAUUUUGUUGGCCUUCUUAACAGUAUUGACAGAAAGAUGCUCCAUGCAGAAGACAUUUCAUUGCAUAAACAAGCCUUACAACGUAUUGAGAUGCUGAUUAAAAUGAUGGGUUCUCACCUUACUACUUAUGUGCCUAAACUGAUGGUUCUUCUCAUGCAUGCUAUUGGUAAAGAAGCCCUCCAGAGUGAGGGUCUUUCUGUGCUGCAUUUUUUCAUUGUGCAGCUGGUAAAAAUAUCGCCAGAUAGCACUAAACAUGUUAUCUCUCAAGUUUUUGCUGCCCUUAUUCCUUUUUUAGAGAGACAUGACGAAAAUCCUAUACAUCUAGAUAAAGUGGUAAACAUUUUGGAAGAACUUGUACUAAAUAACAGGGCCGUUCUAAAGCUGCAUAUACGCGAGUUCCCUCCGUUGCCCAGCAUUUCAGCUCUAAUAGAAGUGAACAAAGCUAUACAAGAAGUGCGAGGGUCAAUGAAAUUGAAGGAUCGAUUGCGUGAUGUCGUUGAUGGUUUGAAUCAUGAGAGCUUAAAUGUGAGAUAUAUGGUAGUUUGCGAGUUGAGCAAGUUGCUGAGCCUGAAACAGGAAGAGGUUACAGCUCUGAUAACUGCUGAAGGUGGUACAGAUAUGGAUAUUUUGAGUUCUUUAAUUACAUCCUUACUAAGAGGAUGCGCAGAAGAAUCAAGGACCGCAGUUGGACAGCGGCUGAAGUUGGUCUGUGCUGAUUGCCUUGGGGCCCUGGGAGCGGUUGAUCCUGCUAAACUGAAAGGAUUUUCAUGCCAACGCUUUAAAAUUGAAUGCUCCGAUGAUGACCUUAUAUAUGAGUUAAUUCACAAGCACCUUGCAAGGGCUUUUAGAGCUGCACCUGACACUGUAAUUCAAGACUCAGCUGCAUUGGCUAUACAGGAACUGUUAAAGAUUGCAGGUUGUGAGGCCUCUUUAGAUGAGAAUGCUUCUUCAUCCACAUCAGAGACUCCUAAGGGCAAAGAGCCUUUAAAUGUUGCUGCAUCUGGGAUUAAGGGUACUGAUGGUAGCAGUGAGAUGAAUAGAAGGGGUCAGAGAUUAUGGGAUAGAUUCUCCAAUUAUGUUAAGGAGAUAAUUGCCCCUUGCUUAACCUCUAGGUUUCAACUUCCCAAUUUUGCUGAUUCUUCAUUUGUCGGCCCAAUUUACAGGCCAUCUAUGUCAUUCAGGAGAUGGAUAUUCUCCUGGAUAAGAAAGCUGACUGCACAUGCCACUGGUUCUCGUAGCAGCAUUUUCAAUUCCUGUCGAGGUAUUGUGCGUCAUGAUAUGCAGACAGCAAUAUAUCUGCUUCCAUAUCUGGUUCUUAAUGCUGUUUGUCAUGGCACGGAGGAGGCACGUCAUGGCAUAACAGAAGAAAUCCUACAUGUUCUUGAUGUUGCAGCAUCUGAUAACAGUGGGGAUGGAGCUCAUGGAGUGAAGGGUGGGAAAAUUGAAGUUUGCAUUCAAGCUGUGUUCACUCUCCUUGAUAAUCUUGGUCAAUGGGUGGAUGACAUUAAACAAGAAUUAGCUCUUUCCCAGGCUUCUCAAUCACUGGCUUCUAAGCAACAAGCAUCCAAGACAAGGGAUCAAACUCGUAACUCUUCUGCAGAUCAGGAGCAUCUCCUUGUACAAUGUAAAUAUGUUUCAGAACUGUUGUCAGCAAUUCCUAAGGUAACCCUUGCCAGGGCCUCCUUCAGGUGCCAGGCUUAUGCAAGGUCUUUAAUGUACUUUGAGUCAUACGUGAGGGGAAAGUCAGGUUCUUUCAACCCUGCAUCUGAUAAAAGUGGCAUCUUUGAUGAUGAAGACGUUACAUAUCUAAUGGAAAUAUACAGCUGCCUAGAUGAGCCUGAUGGUCUUUCUGGCUUUGCAUGUUUACGUAAAUCUAUGGGAUUACAAUUACAGGACCAGCUCUUAAUAAACAAAAAAGCGGGAAACUGGGCAGAGGCUUUAACUUCUUGUGAACAAGCUUUGCAAAUGGAACCAACAUCAGUUCAAAGGCAUUCUGAUGUCCUUAACUGUUUGUUAAACAUGUGUCACCUUCAGGCAAUGGUUACUCAUGUGGAUGGCUUAAUCUCUAGGGUUCCCCAGUACAAGAAAACAUGGUGCAUGCAAGGUGUGCAGGCAGCAUGGAGGCUUGGCAGGUGGGAUUUGAUGGAUGAAUAUCUUAGUGGAGCUGAUGAAGAAGGUCUACUUUGUAGCAGUUCUGAAAGUAAUGCCUCAUUUGAUAUGGAUGUUGCAAAGAUUCUCCAGGCAAUGAUGAAGAAGGAUCAGUUCUCAGUUGCUGAAAAAAUUGCCCUCUCAAAGCAAGCGCUCAUUGCUCCUCUCGCUGCUGCAGGCAUGGAUUCCUAUGUACGGGCCUACCCAUUUGUUGUAAAACUUCACCUUCUACGAGAGCUUGAGGACUUUCACUCUCUUCUUGUUGAUGAUUCUUUCUUGGAGAAAUCAUUUCAACUGGGUGAUCAUGGGUUCUCCCAGUUGAUGGAGAACUGGGAAAACCGUCUCAGGUUUACACAGCCAUCACUCUGGGCAAGAGAGCCACUUUUGGCCUUCCGCAGAUUAGUUUUUGCUGCCAGUGCUUUGGGUGCUCAAGUUGGGAACUGCUGGCUUCAAUAUGCAAAGCUCUGUCGCAUGGCUGGUCAUUAUGAGACAGCAAACCAGGCGAUUCUAGAAGCUCAAGCUACAGGUGGACCUAAUGUCCACAUGGAGAAGGCUAAACUUCUAUGGAGCACCCGGCGAUCUGAUGGUGCCAUUGCACAGUUGCAGCAGUCUCUCCUGAACAUGCCUGUAGAGAUUGUUGGUUCCUCUGCAAUUUCAUCAAUUACUAGUCUUUCACUGGUUCCACUGAACCAGCCGCUGUUAGUUUGUGAUACUCAAGCUUUGAAUGAGAAUCGAGAUAUUGCAAAGACCCUACUCCUCUAUACUAGGUGGAUCCAACACACUAGGCAAAAGCAGAAAGAAGAUGUAUUAUGUCUUUAUACGAGGGUGAGGGAACUGCAGCCUAAGUGGGAGAAAGGAUAUUUCUACAUUGCUAAGUAUUGUGAGGAAUUGCUUGCUGAUGCCAGGAAACGCCAGGAAGAAAAUAUAGAACUCAGUGCAAGGAAAAUGCCAUCAAAUAGUGCUAUUGUUGGUUCUCCAAAUUUAAGCACUGAGAAGCCUUGGUGGUCGUAUGUACCUGAUGUACUGUUAUUUUAUGCAAGGGGGCUUCUUAAGGGUCACAAAAAUCUCUUUCAAGCACUUCCAAGAUUGUUAACCCUAUGGUUUGACUUUGGAAGUAUGUAUCUAACAUGUGGCACAGCAUCCAGUAAAGAGUUGAAAAAAACUCAUGAGAAGGUAAUAAAAAUCAUGCAAGGAUGUUUGAAGGAUUUGCCAACGUACCAGUGGUUAACAGUACUACCCCAGUUGGUUUCCAGAAUUUGCCACCAGAAUGAGGAAGUUGUUCGAUUGGUCAAAAACAUAAUAACAACUGUUCUCCGGCAAUACCCACAACAAGCGCUCUGGAUUAUGGCGGCAGUUUCAAAAUCGACUGUUCCUUCAAGGCGGGAGGCAGCUGCAGAAAUCCUACAGGCUGCACGAAAAGGGUUCACCCAAGGAAAUACGGGUAGCAAUCUAUUUGUUCAGUUUGCAAGUCUGAUUGAUCACUUAAUUAAGUUGUGCUUCCAUCCUGGUCAGUCAAAGGCAAAAGCGAUUAAUAUCUCAACUGAAUUUAGUGCCUUAAAGAGGAUGAUGCCACUGGGCAUUAUCAUGCCAAUUCAGCAGUCUCUAACUGUUAGCCUACCAACAUAUGACGGGAAGCUCAGUGACUCACUUAGAUCUGAUAUUUUUUCGGCGACUGAUCUUCCUACAAUAUCAGGAAUUGGUGAUGAGGCUGAGAUUCUUUCAUCUCUUCAACGGCCUAAAAAAAUUGUUUUAUUAGGCAGUGAUGGCAUUGAACGCCCAUUCCUCUGCAAACCCAAGGAUGACCUUAGGAAAGAUGCCCGCAUGAUGGAGUUCACUGCAAUGAUAAACCGUUUGCUGUCUAAAUACCCAGAAAGCCGUCUGAGGAAACUCUACAUUCGCACCUUUGCGGUAAUUCCUUUGACAGAGGACUGUGGUAUGAUAGAAUGGGUGCCUCACACUCGUGGACUUCGGCAUAUACUUCAAGACAUAUACAUAAACUGUGGAAAAUUUGAUAGGCAAAAGACAAAUCCUCAUAUCAAACGGAUUUAUGAUCAAUGCCAAGGUAAAAUACCAGAAGAUGUGAUGCUGAAGGACAAAAUUCUUCCAAUGUUCCCCCCAGUAUUCCACAAAUGGUUCUUGACCACUUUUUCUGAGCCAGCUGCUUGGUUUAGGGCUCGGAUUGCUUAUGCACAUACCACUGCAGUUUGGUCCAUGGUUGGCCAUAUUGUAGGGCUGGGUGAUAGACACGGUGAAAACAUUCUUUUUGAUUCUACAACAGGAGACUGUGUUCAUGUUGAUUUCAGUUGCUUAUUUGACAAAGGCUUGCAGUUAGAGAAGCCUGAGCUGGUGCCUUUUAGGUUGACUCAGAAUAUGAUUGAUGGCUUGGGCAUCACUGGUUAUGAGGGAAUCUUUUUGAGGGUCUGUGAAAUCACACUUUCGGUACUGAGGAUGCAUAGGGAGACUUUAAUGAGCGUUCUUGAAACUUUUGUCCACGAUCCUCUUGUGGAAUGGACAAAAUCACACAAGUCCAGUGGAGUAGAGGUUCAGAAUCCACAUGCACAGCGAGCAAUCAGUAACAUUGAGGCAAGGUUGCAGGGAGUAGUUGUUGGUGUCGGAGCGGCACCAUCUUUGCCACUGGCAGUAGAAGGUCAGGCUCGUCGAUUAAUAGCCGAAGCAGUCGCCCACAAAAAUCUUGGAAAGAUGUAUAUCUGGUGGAUGCCUUGGUUUUGAAGUGUAAUUGAUAAAGGGUUCUCCUGUUUUAUAGUUGAAUCAACGAAGCGUUUGUGCUUCAUCAGAUAUUUUCUCAAGCAGCCUUACGAAAAAUCUUAGAAAUAUGCAGUUGGCUUUUCAAGGGUUCGUUGCUAAAGAUUCCUCCAGCGUAUUUUUUGUUCAGAUACUGGAGGAAUCUGAACGGCCCGACUGAACUUGACAACCCCGGAGUUGGCCAACGGCAAAAAACUAGACAGAGAUUAUUGUUUGGGUGGUAUUAUGGCUUUAUGGUUCAGUAGAUCCAUCAAAAGAGGCCUCAAUUGUACAGUUUUUCCACUCUUAACAGAUGAAUGUGCUCUGUAUCAUCCCCUUACUGUGACAGCUUGCUUGCUCAGUAGCCAUUUUGUGUGGUGUAGGGGUUAGGAUUCGACGAGCAUAAACCAUUCUCUGCAUAUGUGAUGUUGUUUUGGAGAUAUCGACGAUAAUGUGUAUACUUCGUGCGUACUUUCACUUGACAAUUACUACAUGUAUCCCUAUCAAGCUCCUUUGAUGGUAUUUUUGGAUGAAGCUGAAAAAGCCAGUUUUGCUAUCCAAUUUUUGUGGAUGCAAACAUGUAAUUUACUGCAACUUCUAGAGUAAAUAUUUCUGUAUCAAAAGCUUGAUUAGAUUUUCAACUA